AUGUAUACAUAUAGAAAGAUUUUCAAUUUCUACAAGAACAACACUUUUGCAUUUUAUUUGGGAAACACAUGGUUUUUAUUAAUAAGUAGCAGUCUAGUAUUCAGCGUGAAGUAUUUCAAGAAUUUUGAAAAUCGACAUUCUUACAUAGAAGAUGCAGUAAAUAUCCUAAAGGUAUACCUGCAUUGCACAAAUGACACUAAUAUUAGAGUAAUUAAGAAGAAAGGGAAUAUAGAUUCAUCAAACGAACGGGCCAAGUGCGAAUUGUUGUUAUUUUAUAAGGGUGAAAAAAUACAACUACAUGUAAAUGCUAUAAAAGAAGACAAGGAAAAAGAAAGACUCACUAACUCUGCAGAUUCUUAUGAUGAAGAUAGUAAAGACAUUUCUGACUAUUUAGAAAAUCCGUACUUAAUUAAAAGGGAAAUAAAAUUCCUUUUUCAUAAACUGCGAUCGUUUAUUUUAUCGUUCAUUUCAAGCAGGGAAAACGGAAAUGACAAAACUGGCGAAAUUGGUAAAAAAAAUGCACAAAGCUUCCAGACGAAUGAAACACGCAUGGACAACAAGCAGGGAGAUGUUAAUAAUCUAAUACGAAACAAAAAUGAGGAAAUUCUCAAUAUAAUCCAAAAGGGGAAAAUGUGGAAGAUCAGCAACAUAAUAAUGGUAAAAAAAAAUAAGUAUGAGAAUGAAGUACACGGAAAUGGUCAGUCCUUAAUAAGUCAUAUUAACAAACUUAUUGAUAACUUUUUCCAUUAUAAAUACGAAAUACAUGCAGUAUAUGGAAAUCCCAUCCAUAAUUCUUACUAUUACAAAUAUGACAAGAAAAAAAGAACAUUUAGUGAAACUCAAAAAAAUAUAGGAAAAGUUACCCUUUGUGCAUUUUUAUUUUCAACCCUUUUGGCCAUUAAAAGGAUUUUCAUAUAUAAAAACUCCUAUUCAAGUUUAAAUUUUGUUAAGCACUUUGUUCUAAAUAAUAAGGAGCUUUAUAAAAUAAUGGGGAAUAGUCAAAUACAAAUUUUAAGUAUAUCCGGAAUGCAUGAAAAAAAUUAUCUGAACAGCAAGGUGUUUAUUCAGGUCAAGGAAACGCAAGGUGUAGUACAAAUAACAGCAACCAAAAAUAAAAUGGACAAACAUUUUUUCAUACUUCAUGCCAAGCUUUUGCUAAACAAUGAGACAAUCGAAUUGAAGAAGUAUUAA